AUGUGCGGUAUUCUGGCAGGCAUCUCUUGCGAUGGCAGCGACAUAUGCCAGGAGUCUAAGCAAAGGAUCCUGCAGAUGCUCGAGAAGAUGACGCACAGGGGUCCUGAUGAAUCAGGUGUUCACCUAGGUGGAAGAUUCUGGUUGGGACACACUCGACUAUCGAUUGUGUCGCCCUCGCAUGGCCACCAACCCAUUACUGACCAUGAUGAGUCGACAUAUGUUUGUGUCAACGGCGAGAUCUACAACCACCUUGAUCUCCGGGCCGAGGUUGGAGUUCUUGAUAGUCAGCGCACAACUGACUCAGAUUCAGAGAUUGUCAUUCAUGGAUACAAGAAGUUUGGCAAUGACAUCUGCGAAAAAUUGCUGGGAAUGUUUGCUUUCGUCCUUAUUUCGCAGCAGGGUGAAGAUUUGAAAGUUCUCGCAUGCCGCGACAAAAUUGGCAUCAAACCAUUAUACCUUGGAAAAUCCAAAGAUGGCCGUGAGUAUCUUCUCUCCUCUGAGUUGAAAGGCAUUGUGAACGAAUGCCGGCCGGAGGAUCUACAGCUCGUUCCUGCUGGGCAUUACUGGACUCCUGAGACUGGCUUGAUCAAGUACUACAAUCCGGCCUGGGAUACAGACUCCUUUCUGGACGAUGCAUUGAAAAACAGAAUUCCAGCUGUACCUGCCAGGUAUGCCACUGUCGAGGAAUGUAAAGCUGCUUUGGAGGAAGCAGUGAUUCGUCGUUGCAUGGCAGAUGUUGAGAUCGGAUUGUUGUUGUCCGGUGGCCUGGAUAGUUCCAUCAUUGGGGCCAUUAUGCAUGAGCCCCGUGUCAAAGCCCACCUCAAAGCCACAGGCACGAUUAAAUCGUUCGCCGUGGGACAAGAGGGCUCUCCAGACAUUUUGGCAGCACGGGUUGUGUCGAAGUACCUGGGCACGGAGCACUACGAAGCGCUCUUUACACCUGAGAUGGUUUUCCCCCUGUUGGAGAAGAUUGUUUAUCACAUGGAGACGUACGAGCCUGAGCUGAUUCGUUCUUGCAUCCCCAAUUAUCUCCUUGCGCAGAAGGCAGCAGAACAUGUCAAGGUUGUGCUGACCGGAGAGGGCAGCGAUGAACUUUGGUCCGGAUACUUGUACUACGGAGAUUGCAGCGAUGAGACAAUGCUGCAGGAGGAGAACCGCCGAAUCCUGAAAGCAGUUCAGUUCGUGAAUUUGCAACGGGCUGACCGAAUGUCAAUGGCACACUCAUUGGAGGCUCGAGUACCUUUCUUCGAUGUGAACUACAUUGCAACGGCCAUGCGCGUGGACCCAAAAGAGAAGCUCAUCACCUCCGACAGAUGUGAAAAGUGGCUCUUGAGGACCAUGUACCAGGAUGUUCUGGCCAAGGAGGUGGUGUGGAGAACGAAGGCCAUGCAGUGUGAGGGUGUUGGCAUGACUUGGGUGCAAAUCCUUCAAGCACAUAUCUCUGAGCUAGUGUCGGAUGCGGACUUUCAACAUGCCGCAGCAACCUUUCCUUUGAAUCCUCCUCAAAGCAAGGAGGAGUAUUACUACCGUGCCAUCUUUGAAAAAUACUAUCCAGGUUGUGAGAAAUUUGUUCACGUUUGGCCCGGGGGAUGCCGCGCGGCUGGAGCACCCUGGAAGAAUGACAAGUACACGAGGCAUGGGCUCGUGGACGUAAACGUGCUUAAAAAGGGGCACGGAUGUGCAGGCUAUAUUUCUGCCUAG